AUGUCUCGUGCUACCUUUCGGUCGAAUAGCACUAGGCCUUUUUAUCGAGUUAAAGUUGUCAACGGAAUGUGUUCGACACCAUCAAUAGACGGAAUUGAGAAUCUUCAUCUACUCAACGUUCUUAAUUGGUCACCGUUAGAAGAUUUCUCAGUCCAAAAAUCAUCGCUUACGAUUAAAGACGAUAAUGACGCAAAAUUGAAGAAUUCCUACAAUGCUGUGCAACUUUCCAUUGAAUUGCAAAAGAAAAUGCUAAACCUAAAAGCCCUAUUUGUUGAUUCAUCCGGUCAUCUUGUAAAUUAUACACAAUUACGUUGUAGUAGUGUUUUUAGCGAUUUAUCCGACAUGGCGAAGUAUCUCACGACAAUCAAUCUCGACAAUGUUACUGAAAACGAACGUAAAACAUUCUUUAUCAAUUUGUACAAUGUUUUGACUAUACAUGGAAUUGUCUCAUUAAAUGAUUUACCGAAAUCAGUGUUCGAUUUGAAUCAAUUCUGGAAAACAACAGCUUAUAAGAUCGGGCCGCAUAUCUAUUCGUUAGACGACAUCGAACAUGGAAUCUUACGAGGUAAUAAACCUCAUUCGAAUUGUACACAACGACAUUUUACAUACAAUGAUCCUCGUACAAGAUACGCGAUGCGUCGUUGUGAUCCACGUAUUCAUUUUGCAUUGAAUUGCGGAGCACGUUCAUGUCCAAUUAUAUCGAUUUAUUCAUCGACAAAUCUUGAGAAAGCUUUAAAUAUGUCCACAACAUCGUACUGUAAUGCAGAAAUCGAUAUUAUUCCUGAGAAUGCCGAAAUUCACCUAUCGAAAAUCUUCCUCUGGUACAAAAGUGAUUUUGGUCGUACCGAAUCCGAAGUUCUUAGAUGGAUUGCAAAUUAUAUUGAUGAGCCCAAACAAUCCUUAUUGAAAACUGUGCUCGAACAACAUGGGACAAAAGACGGAAUACACAUAUCAUAUAAAAUCUAUGACUGGAUGUUAAAUAACCACGAUGGUUUAAUAUCGAAUGCGAUUGAUGUCGAUCUUUGUCAAUGA